ACGCUAUGUUGAGAACAUUGGGCAGCAGAACUCUGGCGAAACUUCGGAUGCGCUAAAGCAGCGUAAGGAGACUAGCUCUCUCCGAAACACUCACGAUGCAACAUGGAGGGAUGCCUCAUACGUACCGAGAUACCGAAUAUAGGGAAGCACACCCACUCAACCCUUGGUCGAUGUGAGGGAACACGAGGAUCGAACAGCAACACAGCGGCAAACGUGGUAUUCACAUAACCCGAUCAUCCGGCAGUAUGCGACAAGACUGGUCUUCGGUGACCGCUCGAUCCCAUGCGCAUAAGAUUAUCCAUCAUGUAGGCGGCCUUGACAUUGUAGCAAGUUGUAUAAAUUACUGCCUCCGUAUUCCUCAGGUCUGCGCAGCAUAUUCGAGCCGGGAUGAGCUUGUUUUGACUCGUUCCGCCUACUUCCGCCAUCUUCAUCAUCACAGCCAUAUCAUUAUCAUUAUCUCCUGUAUUUCCCCAGGCCAUCAUGGCUCUAGACGACGAUAAAAAGUCCAACACCGUUGAGUUCACUGAACACCUACCGGAAAAGACGACUACCGCGGCCACUUCCGAACUUGGUCACCUCGCUAACCAGGAAGACCAUAAGGUCGGGAAACUUGCGUCCUUCCACAAGUACCCCUGGGCUUGUGCUUGGUCGAUAUACAUGGUGUGGGUAGUGCUGCUAGUCAGUUUUGAAAACCAAGCAGCGGGAAAUGUUAUCGGUAUACCAGAGUUCAGGAAAGAUUUCGGCCAUCCAUUUACUGCGGACGACGGUACUGUGAGCUAUGUCAUUGACGCUCGGUGGCAGUCAGCUUUCCAGGGCGCACCUGUCGCUUCUGCUAUCGUGGGUGCCCUCGGAUGUGGUCAACUUGCUGACUGGCUUGGCCGAAGGCUAGUAGUCAUGAUCUGCCUCGCAAUCACCUUUGCCGCAGUAACCAUGGAGUUCGUCGCAACGACAAACGAGAUGUUUUUCGGUGGCAAGUUCCUGAAUGGCUUCGUCGUUGGCGCCCUAGCAUCCGUCACCGUGACAUACAUCGGCGAGGUCGCCCCGUUGAAACUCAGAGGCAUGUUGACAUGCUUGACAGCGCUUUCAUACACCCUCGGUCCACUUACAGUCGCGCUCAUCGUCAACUCCACGGGCGUAAACACCGAUCGCUGGGCAUAUCGUGCUAUCUUUUGUGCCCAGUACGGAUUCGCUGGGAUAGCUGCCGCUUUCGUCUGGUUCAUGCCCGAGUCUCCAUGGUGGCUCGCAUCCAAGGACCGUCAGGCUGAUGCACUCAAGGCACUCAACAGCCUUGGUCAUCGCGGUUUCGCAGCCGAGCAGAAGCUCGCUCAGAUCAUGACGACACUUCAACAAGUCAAGCACGAGACUGAAGGCGUCACAUACCUAGAGUGCUUCCGCCGAUCCAACCUCCGGCGAACUAUCAUCUCUGUCAUGCCACUCACUAUCCAGUCACUCAGCGGCAUCGUGUUCGCAGCUUCCUAUUCGACAUACUACAUGCAGCUUGCCGGCUUCACCACCGCCAUGUCGUUCAAGUUGCAGAUCGUGCAGCAAGUGCUCUCUCUUAUCGGAAACGUCAUAUCGUGGUACCUAGUCGACCGCGUAGGUCGUCGCAAUCUUACCUUCUGGGGACUCUUUGUGCUCACUAUCAUCUUGUUUGUCAUAGCCGGUGUCGCUGUCGUCGGCACAAUACCCGCACUCAAAGGCGCUAUCAGUAUGAUCCUGAUUUACUGCUUCUGGUACAACGUCACCAUCGGGGCUACUGCUUACACUAUCCUGUGCGAGACAUCGACUUCACGUCUUCGCAUCAAGACUAUAGCCAUUGGUCUCGCUCUCCAGAACGCGCUCAACACCAUGUGGAGUUUUGUGCUGCCUUACCUGUUCAACCCUGAUCAGCUCAACCUCGGUGGAAAGUUGGGUUUCAUCUUCGGUGGCUUGUCUGUUUUGUGCUUGGUGUAUCUUUGGUUUUAUCAGCCCGAGACGGCUGGUCGGACGUACGAAGAGUUGGACGAGAUGUUUGUGAAUCGAGUCAAGGCGAGGAAGUUUGGAAUGCACAAGACGGAUGCGCAAGCUAUGGGUCAGAAGAUCAAGGAGAGGGAAGUCGUAUAGAUUGCUGAGAUUAAAUGACAACACAGUCAAUCGCAAUGUCACUUGAACAGUAACCUCAAUACCCAUACAGAGGAGAGUAACUAUCCCGUUAGACUGUACGUACUCGAGUCUGCAGCAUAUGUAGACCAUCAAAUACCCCGGCAAACAUGUCUCCCAUCACUCCCAACAUAGCAUCAAACGAUGCGGAGUCAUAACAAGCACGCACAUCGUGCAAGCUCUGCCCCCGAAAGAUGCUACCGGAAUGUAAAGGCUUAGUUGAUCUAUUGAUGC